CUUUACGCAUCUCGCCUGUUCACUCUCCACUGAAACAAUGCCUGCUUCUGUCUUCCCUUGCGCCUCCUCAUGCUGAAGCUACGGAGAAUUUGGGAAAGCUGGGAUCCGACCGAGGCACGACGCUGGAGAUGGCAAGUCCCUGGUUAAAAUGGCAAGUGAUUACCUGCAUGAUAUCGAGCUGCGUUUGGGAUCGGGUGGUCGGGCAGAUUCGGUACUCGAUUCCCGAAGAAUUGAAGCACGGGGCGUUCGUUGGGAAUAUCGCCGACGAUUUGGGAUUGAAUGUGAGGGAACUGUCGGCUCGCAGGUUUCGCAUCGUCCCUGGUGCCAACACGCAGUUCCUGGAGGUGAACCUGGAGAACGGGGUCCUCUUUGUCAAUGAGAAGAUGGACAGGGAGCAGCUGUGUGAGCUGAGCCCGAGCUGCUUCCUGCAUUUGGAGAUUGUGAUUGAAAGCCCACUGGAGCUGUACCGGGUGGAAGUGGAGAUCCUGGAUGUGAAUGACAACUCUCCCGGGUUCCCGUGGAGGGAGUUCCGUUUGGAAAUCGCCGAGUCGGUGGCUCUCGGGGCGCGUUUCCCGCUGGAGAGCGCGCACGAUCCCGAUGUGGGCACCAAUUCCCUCCAAACUUACCGGCUCAGUCCUAACCCGUACUUCAGCCUGGAGGUGCAGACCCGCAGCGAGCGCAGCAAAUUCCCGGUGCUGGUACUGGACAUGCCUCUGGACCGGGAGAGCCAAGGACUCCACCAGUUGGUUCUGACUGCCCUGGACGGUGGAUUCCCGGAGAGAUCCGGUACCGCUCUGCUCACCGUGGUGGUCCUUGACGUUAAUGACAACGCUCCGGUCUUUGACCAGGCUGUUUACACGGUCUGCCUGGUGGAGAACGCUCCGAGAAACACUUUGGUGAUUAAACUUAACGCCACCGAUUUGGACCAAGGCUCGAAUGGAGAGGUGACUUACUCCUUCAGUCACCAUGCGCCAGCGAGAUUGCGCCAAUUAUUUCGGGUAGAGCCUCGAACGGGCGAGAUUCGGGUCCAGGGGGUGGUGGAUUAUGAAGAGGCGAGUGUUUACGAGAUUUACAUCCAGGCUAAGGAUAACGGUCCCCACACGGCGGCUGUCCAUUGCACGGUGGUGGUGGAGGUUAUUGAUGUCAAUGAUAAUGCCCCCGAGGUCACCCUCACCUCUGUCUCUAGCCCAGUCCGGGAGGACGCUUUACCGGGGACCGUCAUCGCCCUGAUCAGUGUCAGCGACCGGGAUUCCGGAGCUAACGGGAAAACCAACUGCCGCAUCCCGGCUCAUGUCCCUUUCAAACUCCAAUCCUCUUUCAAGAACUAUUACACCCUGGUCACCAGCGAGAGGCUGGACCGCGAGAGCGUGCUGGAGUAUAACGUGAGUUUAACAGUCACCGACUCCGGCUCGCCUCCACUUUCCACCGUUAAAACCAUCCCGGUGAAGGUUUCCGAUGUGAACGACAACGCGCCCCGCUUUGCCCACCCAUCCUACACCGUUUACCUGAUGGAGAAUAACGCGCCGGGCGCCUCUAUCUGCUCGGUGUCCGCCCUGGACCCAGACCUGGAGCAGAACGCCUAUGUGUCCUACUGCAUCUUGAACAGCAAGAUCAGGGGCACCCCGAUCUCCACGUACGUCUCCAUCAACCUGAACACGGGUAACCUGUACGCGCUGCGCUCCUUCGACUAUGAGCAGCUGAAGAAGUUCCAGGUGUGGGUUCAGGCUUGGGACGCCGGUUUCCCGUCCCUUCACAACAACGUGACGGUGAACGUGAUCAUCCUGGACCAGAACGACAACGCGCCGGCCAUCGUCUCCCCGCUGCCGCUGAACGGCUCGGCCGAGAGGGUGCCCCGUUCCGCCGACCCCGGUUACCCGGUGGCCAAGGUGACGGCAGUGGACGCGGAUUCGGGCCAGAACUCGCGACUCUCUUACCAGCUGUACCGAGCCACCGAGCCCGGGCUGUUCAGCAUCGGCCCGUUCACCGGGGAGAUCCGCACCAGCCGCCGGUUUGAAGAGCACGACUCCCGGCAGCAGAGGCUGGUGGUCCAUGUUAUAGACCACGGGAAACCCCCGCUGUCCAGCUCGGUCACCAUUAACGUCUUCAUCGUCGACAGUCUCCCUGAGGAUAUCUCAGACUUGAGCGAGGGACCACAGGGCAUCGAGUACUUCUCGGAGUUCAACCUUUAUCUGAUCGUCUCCCUGGGCUCCAUCUCCUUCGUCUUCCUGGUGGCUAUUAUCGCCUUGAUCUCUAUUAAGUGUCACCGAGGGAGCAGACACGGGACGCUGGGCAGGCGCUGCUCGCUGAGCGCCAGUUGUUGUUGUUGUUGCUGUCUGCGGAGGAAACCCUCUCGGGCCGUCCUCAAUAACUCUCACACCAACUUCCAGCUGCCUCCCAGUGUCAAAGGGCCGCCCAGCUGUAUGGAGGUCGGCGGCAGCGGCUCCCUCUCCCAGACCUAUUGCUACAAGGUGUGCUUGAGCCCCGAAUCGGCUAAGACCGACUUAAUGUUCCUCAAACCGUACAGUUCACCCACUCCCGCGGCGGGCGCUAACUCGAAGCUUGCUAACCCCUACGUGAGUGCGUGGAGGAGGCAAAUCUCAGGUGGGACAAACGGGAUAACGAAUGGCUCCAGCGAGACCAUAAUGGCAUAAUAACACGCCAGUAUCCCAGGAGCGGUCAGUCAAGGUCAGUCUGCAAGGUGUGGACAAUUUGGAACCACGAUCAAGCAAUUGAACGCACGUACAAUAUUAUGAGAUGCGUUCCAUGCUUACCAUCCAGCCGACCUAUUAAUGGAUAGAAGCUACAAACUCAAUCCGUUAGGAGAACAUGACAUUUAUUAAAGUCAGAAAGUCGAUGAAAAUAAAACCAAUUGGAGCCUACUUUGGGGACAGCUUCCAUAGAAGAAUCAUUGAUGAUGAUGCAAAAAAAAAGUAACACUAGAAAUCGGGGUCCUUCGGUAUUGUUCUCAACAAACUGUGGCUCUUUUUCAAGUUAAUUGCCUGGAGAUUUGUUUCGUUGUUAAGGUCGGCUUUGUUAUCCACGCAACAUUCUCCUUGAGAAAUUGAGGUAUGUUCUUUGUGAAGUACUACAACCUUCUCAGCGUUUUAAGAGGGACAUUUAUAAGAAUCAAAAUGUUGUAAGAUUGGAAUUAAAUAAUUUAUCGAAAUGUUCUGUGUGAUUAAUCAUUAAAUAAACUUGCCAAGAUGUAUUCAAACCGACCCAAGAACAAUUAUAUGCGUUUGUAGAACUCUCAGUUCUUGGUGAUCCUAUUGAUAAUUCAUCUUUUUUUCAUCAAAAUAGCAAUUUGUUGAAUUUUACCGUUAGUGGUAUAGCAUGAUCUUCGUAGAUGUUUUGACUUGUACAAUGAUUUAGGGGAGAAAAAACAGCCCAAACAGGCUUCAUUAAUACGACAGAACUUAUCAGUCUUCUAUGUGGCCUCAAUUGAACUGAUUAUUUUUGCACAUUCGUGCUGCACUUUAACUAAGUCUUAAUUUUAUUGUUGUAUUUUGGGAUAUAUCAAUAAAGAAUUUGCACUGUUAUACUGAUAUGUCAGAGGCUCACUGGUUUGAAGGUUUACAGUUUCCUGGUUUUGUUAGGAGAAAAACAUGUUUAAGUUCGCCAAUUUCCAUUUUUAGGAACUGUAUUAAAAUCGUACUCUAAAAUAAGCAAAAUCAAGUUAUGAAUGAAUACUCGAAGUAAACCAUCCUCUCUACUGUUUCUACCAGACGCCGAGAUUCGAGAAAUUGUAAGUUACUGCUUCGAUGUGUUAAUUACAACAGAAAAUACGUGUUUAUUUUCUGGAAUUAAAUUCGUGUAUUUUCCUUGCAAUAUAUUAUUUGUGCAUUGCUUUUAAGACCACCAUUUUGCAAGCGAAAAUGAAACGUAAUUAUUGUAAAUGCUAUUUUGUAUGUGACGUGCAUUUUGUUUUAGCUUUAAUAAAUGUAUU